CUGUUAUUAUAAGACAGUCGGAUGAGCUUUUAUAGCUUUAGGAUAAUUAUAACCGAAAUGAAAAAGUGAAAAAAUAAUCUUUUCUGUGAUCACUGUAUUUUAAAAAGACUACAGGGUGCCUUAAUGACUCCUGUUCAUCAACUUUAAGUUUGUAACAUUUAGAAAAAUAAAGUAUUUGUAUUCAUUUUAUACUUGAAUGAAGUAAGUUCAGUUGUGUUUUUAUUUUAUGUUUAUCUCUAAGUCAGCGUAUAUGGGAAUUUAAUGGCACUAUAACCAGUGACUGCUGACAGUACAACACAUUAUUUCCUCUCUAAAAGAGGGUGGGGCGCCCUCAAACGACUCAUUACAACAGCAACUUCACUCGCUGGCCAAAAACACUGCAGCCAUCUUGCACAGCGAAACGGGAGUGAUUAAACUCUGAAAUUAGGUUUGUUAGCUCAUUGUAAACCAGGGUAUUAUUUGACCUACUGUCAGACGGUACGAUUCUGAAACUGAAAAGUUAUCGUGACAGCACAAACACUCCGGCAACAAGCUAGUAUUUGGUAAAAACAUUUCGUCUCCGGUACGAUGUUGUUCCUUCUCAGGCAUCCCAUGGAAUGACAGCUGAAGCCAUUGGUACCGCCUUUUACAAUGCCGAACAGCCAAUCAGAGCUCGCUGAAAUCCCUGCACGGAGACGUUUAGCCGUUGUGCGCAAGCGCAUGUCAGUUGGUAAGUACCUCACUUCUCAUAAGCUCGCAGGAGUGUGAAGAUGGCGGUUGGCUCCGGCCCGCUGGAUGAUCCUUUAGUGCAUACAGAGGUGAAUAAAGCGACAAUUUACCAUCCUGUGCAGCUUGUAGAGUCACAGCUGUCGUUCUUGUGUCAAAACAACCACUUGAAUAGGCACGAGACAGCCGGUAAUUACAUGGCUAUAGUUCCGGGACAAGGGGGUAGCGCGAGCUAAUGUCCAGCUGGGACUUGGUCAAGACGGUUGCUGAAGCAGGUACGCUGUAACUACUAAUAUUGUUUUCCUCUUUGUCUCUAUGAGUAAACACAAAAACAGGCAGCUGACAGCGAACGGUAGUUUGUGUAAACUAGUCUUGCCCCAUCACAUUCAAGAUUGUUUGUGGUGCUUCUAAACAAGUUGAAGUGCAGGGGGUCUAAUCAUAACGAGGUCCCCAUGGUUCAACUAUGGAUGCAUCGACGGCCAGCACGGACCACAACACUGGACACGACCCUGGCAAACCACUUGUUGUUAGUGGCAGUGUAACUUCUCUUCCCAAUGCACAGGGGAAAGUAGGCUUAUACUCUGUUCAGACUUUCAAUGGGAGCCAAACUAUGAACUCUCACAAUUCAGGAAGCGCUGCCUCUCUGAGGGGGGCGACAGUGACGGGUGGCACUGGUGGCAGCAGCAGCACUGUUACUGCGAUAUCUGCCACAGCUGUCAACAGUGGACCAGUGAUGUCAAAAGGGCUGACCGCUGCGUUGAUGCCCCCUUCAUCAAACAGUGUAAUUCAGACGCCCCUCGUGAACUCGCAGAAUGUUGUCGCUUCACCUCAGCCUGUGAGCCAGGCAACAGGAGCCACUGUGGCACUCGUCAGGCCGCCUAUGCAAACCGCGGGGCCGGGGACUAUGAAUGGAAACAAUAAUACGAGCCCUGCUGUGGUUGUCAAUGCAACAGGUCAGACAGGUAUCAACAUACAAACCCCGCUUGUAAACAAUAGUCAGCCGCCAAACCCGGUGUCUGUCAGUGCUGGGUCGCACAUAAUCAAAGCAGAGCCCCCCACUUCUAUAAUACAGUCAGCACCGCAGCCGGCUGUCACUCCUGAAACAGUCGGGGCUCCCCGGGCUCCGGCGACGGUAGCUGGUGCUCCAGGUGGGAUCCGAGCACUUUCACCUCAGAUGCUGGCCCCAAGGGUCCCUCAAAGCUCACCAGGACAGCCCAGUAUAGGCCUACACAACAUCCAGCUCCCCCCUGGAAUGAUGCUUGUGCGUAGUGAGAGUGGACAGCUAUUGAUGAUUCCUCAGCAGGCUCUGGCACAGAUGCAGGCCCAGGCCCAAGCCCAGGCCCAGGCACAAGGGGGCAUGGCACCUCGGACUGCUACUCCAACGAGUAUGCCCCCUGGCCAGGCUCCUGGCAGCACCAUUAUUAACAGACAGGUGGCUCCCAGCACCAUCAUCCGUCAGGGCUGUCCAACUCCUACAUCACUUGCUGCGACCACCACUCUUCACAGACCUCAGAUUCUUCAGAGCUCAGUUGGGGCUGCAGUUCCAGGAAUGACCCCCAGGACUGUGAGCCAAACAGCUGGGCCCACGGUUACCUCGGUAACAGUGAGCAAAGAGACAAUGGAGAAUGUGAAGAAAUGUAAGAACUUUUUGUCCACACUGAUCAAGCUGGCAUCCACGGGGAAGCAUUCAGUAGAGACUGCAGCCAGUGUGAGAGAGCUGGUCAAGGACCUGCUGGAGGGCAAACUAGAAGCUGAAGAAUUCACCAGCAGAUUAUACAAAGAGCUAAACUCUUCACCCCAACCGUACCUUGUGCCUUUCCUAAAGAGAAGCCUUCCAGCACUGAGGCAGCUCACUCCAGAUUCAGCAGCCUUUAUCCAGCAGAGUCAGUCCCCCCAGCCUGCCUCAGCUCCAGCCUCUUCCACCUCUGCCACCCCUACCACUGUGGUCCUGGGCAGCCCAGCCCCCCGCCUCGUUACCCCAGUCAGCAGGCCCCAGCUCCAAUCAGGGGUCAGCAAACCAGGACAGACCCCCUCACUGGUUCUCCAACCUCAGCAGCAGAGAGCGAUACUGAGGCCUCAGGUAACCUUACCGGUAACAACCCCCAUGGUGACACUCAGGAAUCAGGCCCCUGGACGCCUCAUAGUGGGACAGCAACAGGUCCAGCUCAAAGAGCUGCAGCCAGUUCAUGUGAGACCAGAGGGGCCAACUAUUGGUAAACAAGUCUGUGCAGCAGCGUUGACCCCAGCUCAAAAGAACAAACUGAAAGAAGCCGGGGGCACUUUCAAAGACGAUGAUGACAUAAAUGACGUGGCCUCCAUGGCUGGAGUGAACCUAUCAGAGGAAAGCGCUAAUAUCCUUGCAACCAGUUCUGGACUAGUGGGCGCUGUGACACAUUCCUGUAAAGACGAGGCUUUUCUCUCCUGUGCUGUGCUGCAGAGGAGAAUCCUGGAGAUCGGCAGGAGGUAUGGUGUGACAGAUCUUGGUGCAGAGGUGGUGAACUUUGUUUCCCACGCUACUCAGCAGCGGCUCCAGAACCUGCUGGAAAAAGUUUCCCAAGUGGCCCAGCAGAGAAACAUCAAUUUUAAGCAGGAGGAUGACAAUUAUGAGCAGAGCAGUGAUGUCCGUGCACAGCUCAAGUUCUUUGAACAGCUGGACCACUUGGAGAAACAGCGGAAGGAGGAGCAGGAGCGAGAGAUCCUUCUUAAGGCAGCUAAGUCUCGAGCUCGGCAAGAGGACCCAGAGCAGCUGCGUCUGAAACAGAAGGCAAAGGAGAUGCAGCAGCAGGAGCUGGCUCAGAUGAGACAGAGGGAGGCCAACCUGACGGCACUGGCAGCCAUCGGCCCGAGGAAGAAGAGGAAAAUUGUGGACUCUCCGUCAUCGUCUGCUGCAGCUGAGGGAUCAGGAUCAGGUCCCUCUCUGUCUGGCGGGGCCGGUUCAUCAGGCUCCAGACCCACACGGCAGCGCAUCACGCGUGUCAAUCUCAGGGACCUGCUCUUCUGUUUGGAGAACGAGAGAUUUACCAGUCGCUCCCAUUUCCUCUACAAGGGCUUCCUCAAAUAGGUCUGAUGUCAGAGAGGAGAGGAGGAGGAGGGGUGGGAAUAAAGUGUGUGGAGAGACCAGCAGCUCCCACCGCACAGAGAGCUUCAGAGACUCUUACAAAUAAAGAGGAAGAAGGCUGCGGCUUGGCACAUUUCAAGGUCUUUGGGAUAUAGAUGAUAACCUGAAAUACUGUAGUAGCCAUAUUGGAUGGCCUCUCUACCUCUCCCCUCAGUCUUUCUUUCAGAGCAGUCAUGGACUGAUUCCCCUUUAUCUGCCCCUUCUUUUUCAAGAAAGUGCAUAAACACAUGACAUGUUUUUCUGAGGGUGAUUUUUUUGUAUAAACAAAUGACCUGUUGUACAAUUAUGCACUGUCACACAGUACAGUUUAUUUUCUGGUCAUUUCUUUGUGUGCAUUAGGUUUUUAAAGCAAUGAAAAUCAACAAGAAUGUUUUAAUUUGAUUUAAACCACCGACCUAUUUAACAGACUAAUGAUUUAAUUUUUUUGUUUGGUCAACUUAAUUUAGUUUAAGCUUCAUACUGUGUAACCUACUGAGUUGCCUUUCUAAUGAAGAAGCCAUAUAGCCAUCCUGAAGCAAUUAACCCUUCUGUACUCCUGAGGCAGUAGCUCCCUCUCUGUCAUCAUCAUCAUCACUAUAUUUGAUUUUUUCUGCAUAUUUAUUUACUAAACUCAAGCUCAAAUGAAUGUUCAGUUAUUUAUUUAAUUACUUGUGACUCCUCAUUUUUUUGUGUUGCUUAAAUUCAAAACAAAUGUGCAUUUUUUUUUUUGCUUAUAUCAUGUUUAAGAUAAUCUGUUGGGUAUAUAGUUUUCAGUGCAUGAAAAGAGGUGUGCACUUUUUUUAAACAAUCUGUUUAUUGUUCUUUUUUAGUUUGACAUGUAUUGAUUUCAACUUCAGAAAGCUUUUAACCUUUAUUGCUAUACCAAACAUACACCUACUGGAUACUGAUUUCUAUUUUUGUAGCUUCCCACCGACACAUUUUUACUCUUUUAAUAGUGACUGACGUUGUCCUUGGAAAUGAGAAACUGGAGUUUCUUCCUGUAUAUUUGUAAAUGUUACACCUAAAGUUUUACACACAGUUUUGUAUAGAAUUGAGAAUUUAUCAAUAUAGCAUAAAGAAGAGACACGUUUUCUCUA